GAAGAAGAAAAACAGACUUAUUGGCAAACAUCAAAGAACUCGACCAGAAAGCUGAAAACUUUCUCUUCCCGGUCAGUUACAGAUAUGCUUUUUAUGUGACAUCUAUUGUAAAAGGAGCAUGAGAGAUGCAGAAAUUGGGUGAUUUCAAGCUUCCCCACUUCUUCAACUAUCCUCCAUACUUCACUUUGCAGCCGGUGAGAGAGACUCGUGAGAAACAGGUACAACUUUGGAAGGAUCUUAUUCUGGAUUACUGCAGAACUCAGAAGCUAUUUAUCAUUGGGCUUGAGGAAGAAUUUCCUCUGUUCUCAAAUCCUGUGAUUGAACGCACUCUCAGUCAUGAAGCCAGGGAGGCAUUCUUCUCAGCCUUGGUUUCAGAAGGACGUGCAGAAUGGUUGGAUAAAGGACAUAGGAAAUGUCUUAUCCUUUGGCACCGAAUUCAAGAUUGGGCUGGCAUUAUUUUAAACUUUGUGAAAGAUAAUGGCUUUGAGGACAGUGUUAUGACUGUUGAGGAAAUACGUUCAGGGAUUGAAUCUCGAGGAACAGAGCUUCAUGGGAUAGAUCGCACGAUUUUAAUGCGAGCUUUGAAAAUACUAGAACAAAAGGGGAAGCUUGCAAUUUUUAAGGGAACUUCAGCUGAUGAUGAAGGUGUGAAAUUCUCUGUAUAAUGUUUUAAACCAGGCAUUCAAAUACAGCCUAUUGAGUGUGGCAGACAAGGCAGCCUAUUGAUCAUCAGUACUUCAAUCAAAACCCAGCAUUGUGCUUGUAACUGAAACUCGAAAUGAAAAACAGAAAGCAGUGAAAUUUGUCUGAUGGAAUGUUUAUUUAACAUUUAGUGUGGAGC